AUGGGCGAAGCAGUGAUUGAGGGUUCCAACUGGCGCCUCGUAGAGGUUGGCCGUGUCAUUGUCGUUAACGGCGACCACCCCUACGCCGGCAGACUUGCCGCUGUUGUCGAGAUCAUCGACCACAAGCGAGUUCUCGCUGAGGGACCUUCCGCAGACCCCGAGCUGGCCGUCCCCCGACAGGUCAUCCCCCUCUCCCGCGCUCUACUCUCCCCUCUCGUCGUCGAGGGUCUCAACCGCGGCGCCCGCCAGUCCUCAUUGAAGAAGCAGUGGGAGAAGUCCGAGAUCGACACCAAGUGGAAGGAGUCGAACUGGGCCAAGAAGCGUGAUCAGAUCGAGCGAAGGAAGGGCCUUACGGACUUUGAGCGAUUCAAGGUCCUCCGUCUCAAGAAGCAGCGACGUUUCGAGGAGCGCAAGGCUCUCGCCAAGGUCAAGGCAUCCGCAUAA